AUGCGACGCACGGCGGCGGGGGGGGGCCCCACCGUGUCGGCCAGGUUGACGCGGCCCGCGGAGCGGCCGGCUCUACGCCGGCCACCUGCCACACCCGCGCCGUCACACCUUCACCAGCCUGCCGCGCGCGCGAGCUCAACCUGUACGCGACGCCGGCGGGCGGACGGCGGGUACAGCGAGACGAAAAAGCAUAUCGCAGCCUCCAACCCGCGCGCCCCUGCCGCCCUCGCCCAUGUCUUCGCUUCCGCCUCGCCCCGCUGUUCAUGCAUCCCGGUCGCUCGCACGCCCUGCCCCUGCCUGCCCUUUCCUGCCCACCUUCCCCCGCCCGCCCAUCCCGCCCUCCGCCAAGCUGCUGGCCGCCGCCAGCGCCGCGGGUGCCCCGCCGCCGCCCUUCCUCAACAACCUGAGCGCCCUGCACAACGGCGCCGUCGGCGACCGACGCGCGGCACAGCAGCCGCUGUGGGCGUAGCGCCUAUUUCGCCGCAGGAUGUAAAAUAUCGGAAAAAUUGUGAUGUUUAUAAAGUGUAA